CGGAUCCUGUUAAAGAACACGUUCCCCCAUUCUGACUCAUCCGUAACGAAUUUCCAGCCGAGGAAACUUCUGGGAUUGCGCAAGAUGGGGCUUGAUGGCAAGAUGUCCCACCAAUGAGAAGCACACGGUGCCAAAAAUGUGAGGAAAGAGCCUCCCUGUUUGGCUUAACAAAUUCUCCUUUUUUACAAAACAGAUAACACAGAAAAGCUCGAGUUAUCUCGUGGAGGGCACAGAGUAGUGUUGUGCAGUUCUCUGAGCAAAUAUAUUUAACACUGCAACGUUCUUUGAUUCAGGGGGACGUGCCUCAAUAAUUCAACCAGCAGGGACAAAUUUAAUUUUAAGGAGAAAUAUUGUUUCUCCAGACAAAAGAUACCAAAACCUUUAGGGACCUGAAGAGGUAGCAUAUAGAAGGACAAAGUGGGGAAGAGGGUUGAGAAGGAAACUACAGACAUGGAGCAGAGAGAAAACUACAGCAGCCUGCACGAGUUCACAGAGGAGCCCAGACCGGGAGCGAACAGGCUCGUCCCACAACACAGCGACGGCUCCCAGGGACUGAAGCAGGGCGUCAAGUGUUUGAGGAGUAAGACUUCUCUCCUGAUACUUAUUGGCUUUUUGGCCUCCAUCUGUGGCAACAUCGUACUCGCUGUGCUCUUGAUUAGUAGGCCGGUGCCAACAGCCCCACUGGAGUCUUCCUCCUCUUCAGCUCUGGGUUUGAAAUCAAUGCAGAGGCGUUACAUCCAGCUGUGUGAAGACUACACUGCCCUGGGACAGGGCUGUUCAAAGACAGUUAAGCAGUGCAGGGAGUGUCCUGAAGGUUGGCUUCACAUCGGGAAUCAGUGUUACUAUUUCAGCAAUGACAGGCUGGACUGGGUGAGGAGCAGAGACAGCUGUGAAGAAAUGGGCAGCCAUCUCACCAUACUGCACACCAUAGAACAGCAUGAUGCUCUGGAAAAGGAAGCUAAGAGAAUUGGUGGAUUUUAUUACCACUACUGGAUCGGCCUGUCUGACAUAGAGACUGAAGGAGAGUGGAAAUGGGUGGACAACACGACACUCGAACACAAAUACUGGGAUCAAGCGAGCUCAGAGCCAGAUAACCACCACACAGGAGGGGAACACGGAGAGGACUGUGCCACCUUAGACAGCCACUCCAAGACAUGGUUUGAUGUUCCUUGUGAUCACAUUUAUAAACGAAUCUGCCAGAUGGAUGCCAUUCAGCUCAACUGAAUCCCUACACCACUAAAAAUGAUGCAGACCUGCGAAGGCUGGAUAUGCAAGACGUGAAAAUGAAUGGGGGCAUGUUUGGGAUUACUGAAAAUAGAUGUCGGCACUAAAAUAAGCACAGUUUUGCUUUUUUGUUUUUGGGGUUUUUUUGUAAGCUCACGGUUGCUGAAAAGCUGCGCAUUAUGUUGAGAAAGCUUGUUGGAGAUUAAGCUGUUCGCUGAAAGAUAUCAUUUGCUUAGUGGUGCACUGAUUGUACACAAGGACGUGAAUAUUUUUUAAAAAAAUGUGAGACCAUGACAUCAGGUGGCAAUUUUUGACUUUACAAUGAACUCGUGUAGUUUCAGAGUUGCACAGUCUGCUGGGAAAUGAGCAUGAAUGUUGUCACUGUGUCACAUUUUUUUUAAUCUGUCUGCUGUUGAGGGCUGCAAAAUGGUUUAGAAACAGCACUGUAGGGUUUGUUGGGUGCCAAGCAGCGGAUGUCCUAUUUUGACCUUAUCUUAGAAAUCCACCUUACCUUAUCACACAAAACCCAUGACAGCCCGUAAAACCCUGUGAAAAAAAAAAAAAGUUAGGGAGGUGAUUUGAUUCUGUUGAUCGAGUUUUGUGCGUACACAGAAGUUGCGUUUUUUUAAAACUGAGGAUUUCAAUUGAAUUUCAGUUGAAAAUGGCUGCAAAACAGGAAAUGAGAUAAUAUCUCGGCAAUUCUUUGUGUAAACAUGGUCAAGUGUUUCGACUUACAUCUGAAACAUCUGGUGGAUAUGGUGUGUGUGUGUGUGUGUGUGUGUGUGUGUGUGUGUGUGUGUGUGUGUGUGUGUGUGUGUGUGUGCUGUGUGUGUUGUUCUCUGCUGAACUGGCCCUUCAUAUCUGCUGUCAGCUACAGUAUAAUUUCUUAGUAUUUUCCCUUUAAGAUGAAACAUGUUGCUUGUCUGGAGUAUUCUAUAUUUGUAUGUAUGUACACUUGUAAAUCAAUAAACUAUGUUUUAUCAUCUA